AAAGUUCUGAGCAGCAUUUUGGAUUUCAGUUCUAAGCCUAUAUGGGAUUAGCCUCUUUCUGGUACUCAGUCACAUGACGCGGCGCUGGAUAGCUUCAUCGAGGCAGGCAGCUCAACGAAAGCGGUUAAUCGUAAUUCCUACGCCUUAUACACUCCUCACAACCAUCUACGAAAAUGGAAGGCCUCUUUUUCAACGUCAACAAUGGCUAUAUUGAGGGUAUUGUGCGAGGAUACCGCAAUGGACUGUUGACUGGCCAAAACUACAACAAUCUAAUCCAAUGCGAGACUAUCGAUGAUCUCAAGCUCCAGCUCGGUCCAGCAUACGGCGAUUUCCUAGCAUCCCUCCCUCCAAACCCUUCGACUUCAACUCUUGCAGCAAAGACGACAGAUAAAUUGAUCUCCGAGUUCCGAUAUGUACGAGCAAAUGCAGUUGGAUCGCUGGCAAAGUUCAUGGACUACCUCACCUAUGGCUACAUGAUCGACAACGUUGCUCUUCUGAUUACUGGAACCCUCCACGAAAGAGAUACUCGCGAGCUACUGGAAAGAUGCCACCCGCUUGGUUGGUUUGAGACAAUGCCAGUUCUCUGCGUUGCGACCAACAUCGAGGAACUGUACAAUAGUGUUUUGAUCGAGACACCACUUGCACCAUAUUUCAAGGGAAGUUUGAGCCAUCAAGAUCUGGACGAAUUGAAUAUCGAGAUUGUCCGAAAUACGCUGUACAAGAACUACUUGGAGGAUUUCCACAAUUUCGUGAAUACCGAUCCCGAGAUGGCAGGCACGCCUACGGCGGAAGUUAUGACAGAGAUAUUGGAGUUUGAGGCGGAUCGAAGAGCUAUCAACAUCACAUUGAACUCUUUCGGCACGGAACUCUCAAAGACUGAGCGCAAGAAGUUAUACCCCACAUUCGGUCGUUUGUACCCAGAAGGUUCCUUCAUGCUUUCCAGAGCGGACGACAUCGAGGGUGUCAGAUUGGCAGUUGAUGGUGUUAGUGACUACAAGGGUUAUUUUGAGGCAACUGGAUUGGGACAGGCCAGUACUGGAGCCGGCAAUAUGAGUGGUGGAGUUGGUGGAGAUGGCAAGAGCUUGGAAGACAUGUUCUAUCAAAAAGAGAUGGAGAUAUCCAAGAGCGCUUUCACAAGACAGUUCACAUUCGCAAUUGUCUACGCCUGGGUCAAGUUGAGAGAGCAGGAAAUCCGGAAUAUCACUUGGAUUGCUGAGUGUAUAGCUCAGAACCAGAAGGAGAGGAUUGGCAACUACAUCAGUGUAUUCUAGAUCACUAAGUUUGAUAUUCAUUCAGUUCAACUCAGGCUCAAGUUGCCAGGGUUUGUAGGUUUUAUUGUUGGCUGGUUUGGCGCUGGGAGAUCACGGGU